AAGAAACCAAGAAUUUAUUUUUUCAACAAGAUUUGUUAAUGGGCUGCACGUAUUUUUAUUCUACGCAUCCCAGUAAACAAUCUUUUUGGGACACCCUCAUCAAGAACUAUAAUAAAUUCUGACAGCUAAAUUUAAUGCAACCGGAAGCGGAUCAUUUCAGUGCAACGCGACGUUUAUUAUGUGUUGUGUUUGUGCUUUUGUUUAUUUAUACACUGAAAAAAUACUUUUAUGAAGAUUUUGACCUGUAGGUUGGGCUAAAUGACGCGAAAGGUCUCGUACUUCUACAACCCGGACGUGGGGAACUUCCACUACGGUCCGGGGCACCCUAUGAAGCCCCACAGAUUGUCUGUGAUCCAUUCGCUGGUGAUGAAUUACCAGCUGCACAAGAAGAUGCAGGUGUACCGGCCCUACAAGGCCAGCGCACACGAUAUGUGUCGCUUCCACAGUGAAGAGUACAUUGAGUUCCUGCAGCGGGUGACGCCACAAAACAUCCAGGGCUACACCAAGUACCUUUCGCAUUUCAAUGUGGGUGACGAUUGUCCUGUAUUUGAUGGGCUCUUUGAGUUUUGUGCAAUGUACACCGGAGCCUCUCUCGAGGGGGCACAGCGACUCAACUACAAUCUCAGCGAUAUCUGCAUCAAUUGGUCCGGAGGACUACAUCAUGCCAAGAAGUUCGAAGCAUCGGGCUUCUGCUAUGUCAAUGACAUCGUCAUUGGUAUCCUGGAGCUACUUAAGUACCAUCCGCGUGUACUCUACAUCGAUAUAGACGUGCACCAUGGGGAUGGUGUUCAGGAGGCUUUCUACCUCACAGAUCGCGUCAUGACGGUUUCCUUCCACAAGUAUGGCAACUACUUUUUCCCCGGAACUGGCGAUAUGUAUGAAAUUGGAGCUGAAUCGGGGCGCUAUUAUUCCGUUAAUGUACCACUGAAGGAGGGUAUUGAUGACCAGAGCUACGUACAAAUCUUCAAACCAAUUGUGUCGCAUGUGAUGGACUUUUAUAGGCCAACAGCAAUUGUUUUGCAAUGUGGAGCAGAUUCUCUUGCUGGGGAUCGUCUAGGGUGCUUCUCACUCAGCACAAAGGGGCACGGGGAGUGCGUGAAGUUUGUCAAGGAUCUCAAUGUGCCGACACUAGUUGUUGGUGGUGGAGGGUACACCUUGAGGAAUGUAGCCAGGUGUUGGACGUAUGAAACAUCGCUCCUCAUCGAUGAGACCAUCUCCAAUGACAUCCCCAUGAAUGAUUAUUUGGAAUUCUUUGCACCUGAUUUCACACUACAUCCGGAGAUUGUUACGCGGCAAGACAAUGCCAACAGCAAGCAAUACCUGGAUCUAAUUGUCCGGCAUGUUUACGAUAAUUUAAAGAUGUGUCAGCAUGCACCGAGUGUUCAGAUGUUCAAUAUACCGGAGGAUGCCCUACCUGAGGAUGCAAAGGUCAAGGAUGAAGGUGAUCCGGAUGUGAGGAUAAGUCAGGCUGAUGAGGACAGGAUGGUGGAGAAGAAUAAUGAAUUUUUUGAUGGGGAAAAUGAUAAUGACAAAAUUGAACCAGAAACGUGAAAUAAAAUUAAUUAAUUUCCAUCCUA